CUUAAAAUUCUUAGCUAACCUGCACUUGAAUGAUUACAAUGAAUCAAAACUGAAUCAAAUCUUCCUCCGCGACAGCACACAAAAGGUGAUUUCAUUUAGUGAAAUCUUACAUUUUCGUCAUUCGAACAUACGCGGAUAUAUAUACAGUUUAGAUUCCCUUAUGACCUAUAACAUAGAGGAUUUACACACUCAAUGGCAGCCAAAACCACACAUGACACACGUUAUUGUUUGGCAAAUAUAUACACAAGACAUGCAAGUGUGAAGUUUUUUUUCGCAGAAAAAGUGCAAAUUCCAUGAUUACAUGCAGAUCCUGUGCAUGCAGUGAGUAAUUUCUCCUGGCUACUAUACUUGUUCCGUGCGCUAUGUACGACUGAAAAGUUGUUUUUAGUCCUUGCGGCGUGUGCCAAAUCAUAGCAGUUAAAAUAAAGACAACUACUUGACUAUAGUUUGACUUGUUCAUGCCGUUCACGGUCAACAAGAAAAAUGUAAAUUAUAGUAAAGUGGUAAAAUUCACAAAGACGAGGGCUACCGUGAUGCAUUGCCAUGCACGUACAGAAACUACUGUACAACGUUUGACGUGGGCGCGUUGCAUUUUAUUUUCACAUGCGACAAGCAUUUGCCAUCCGCUGGAAUUGGAUAAGUGCUACAGCCGGAUGUAUGACGUCAACGGCUUUGAUUUACGCCUUUGCUCUAUUUAAAACAGGAAGUUCCCGGCUGGUAUUUAAAUUCAAGUUGGUGUGCGAAGAAUUUGUGAGUUGUAUUGAAGUUUCCAUGCGAGCAGUUGAAAAUCUACAGUAGAAGAAAACAAUCCUUUGGUGACUUGAGAGAAUGACUACAAUUUAUCAGAAAAUACGAGUAAGUUAUACUUUAUUUUUGAAUACCUACAUUGUCUUUGUAUCUCCAGUGUCUUUUUAAUAAAUUAUGGCAUGAAUAAGUUGGCGGUAACCAUAGUGUAACAAGUGGUAAUAUGCGUUGGAAAACGCUGGUAUUUCUAAACAUGCCAUUACCAUCUGUAAAACCAUCGAGUGUCGCUCUCGGUAAAUAUAUCAGUUUUAUGGAAUAAGGUAAUAUAAGUCAUAAUUAAAAAUCUGAUAACUGAUGCCAGGCUUUAUCCGAUCAAGUGUUAAAUAUGAACUUCCUAUAGCUUUUGAAAUCUCAGGCCAAAACUUACGAUAGUCACGAAAAUUUAGUCUGGCAUUUGAAAUAUGUCUGGCAUUUCUAAACAUGUAAAACCAUCGAGUAUCGUGCUCGGCGACGGUAAACAUAUCAAUUUUAUGGAUUAAAAACUGCACGUAAUAUAAGUCAGAAAUAAUAAUUAAUACUCUAAUGGCCAUGAUGCCAGGCUUUAUCAAUCAAGUGUUAAAUAAUUUGGCCUCUUGAAAUCUCGGCCAAACUGACUUACGAUGGUCACGAAAAUUUAGACGUUGACAAAACUAACUGUAGUAAAGAGCAUUUUAAUACUAUAGUAUACUUCAGCAGUAGUAAGUGCUGACUUGCUCCUGAAUUUAAGUUGAUGAUAUAUCAGAAACGACCUCAUCUUUCCAUAUUAACAACGCCAAACUGACUUACGAUGGUCACGAAAAUUUAGACGUUGCCAAAACUAACUGUAAAGAGCAUUUUAAUAUAAUUAACUCUACAAACGAAAAAGACAUUUCAAUUGAAAGUCACUAAGCCUAAGCCCUAAGGACUAAUUAAGGCAACGACAAAUCUAUAUUGGCUUAUUUUCAUAUUGGAUGUUCACUAUUAUUUUCAAUUAUUAUAUAUUUGUGUGUUGUAUAUUGUAUAUUGUAUAUUGUAUUUGUAGGCUGUAUAGCAAAUAAAUCAAAUAUCAACAUUAAUUAGUAAUUAUAUUGUGCAGUAUCACUGCGGUGAUUACUAUAUUACAGUACACUACUGUGACAUGCAGGUGUACGUAUGGCGGUAUCAUAUCAAGAUUUUGUUGGCAUCACACUCGAUUCAACAGUUGAAUGGUGAUUUGAUGAAUAUUAUCGAGUGGAAAUUUAUAUACAUGUUUUUUAACCUAUACCAGGAACAGCUGCGAAAAAUGCAACUUCAAUACGGCUAUAUACUAGCAAUUGAUACAUCAGGCGGAAAACAUGCACCGAUUCAAAGAUAAACUAAAAGCAAAAAAGAAUAAAAUUUAAAUUCCUAUACAUUCUCUUUCAUCGACCCUGCAUGUGCUAUACGGAUAAGAUUUGCGAAAUUAAAAACUUUUCGUGGUCUUGGGCUGUCAGAAUUUACCUUUGUAUAACAACAUUAUUAUCUCUUCGGGACUAUAUCCAGAUGUAGAAAGUAAAUAUAGCGUAUAGACCCAGCGUAUAGUGUUUGCCUCACUCAAGUGUUUGCUGGCAGCUAUCACUAUCAGGAAGAAAAUUAUAAGCAGCGGCAUGAAGCGGGGAAACCCGCUAUGUCAUGACACAACUCAAGUUUACAAUUUCACUUUUAAUAGUCAGACUUAAAGUCAUCAUAAUUAAAAAUUUGAUAACUGAUUGAUGGCGAUGCCAGGCUUUAUCACUACUGUACAGUACAAUCAAGUGUCAAAUGAGUUUGAAUAAUGUCGCGGGUCGCGCGGGUAAAUAGUCGCGGGUUGUAAAAAAGCUGCAAACUGUGUAUUUUAUUGAGUCGCUGGUUGAAUAAAGUGUGUAAAAAUCACGUUACUAUUUGGUAAACAACUUUAUAUGGGAUUGCUUCAAUACGAAACAUUGCCCAAGAGCCUUUUGUCAUGAUUUAAUGUUCUAUAUAAACGUCACGUGCCAGAAGCCUAAAAUCUGAAAGUAUAAUUUCAGUAUGUUAAACCAACAAUUAUAUCCGCGGUACACUAUAUAUAAUCACUAUAAAUGGCCGAUGCACCGACCGCAUAUGCAUGUGCAUGAGAGCCGGUGUAUGCUUUGAGAAUUUGAAUUUGUAACUAGCUAUCUCUUCGGGACUAUAUCCAUAUCCCACUCUAAUGACUAUAUAUCAUGUAAUAUCAGCUAUAUAGUGUUUGCUUCUGGAAGCUUCUGGUGUUUGCUAGCAGCUAUUGGGAAAAACCCAUGACACAUUGACAUGCACAAAGUCAUGCAAAUUCUCAUGCACAGAAUUUGACUUUGCAACAACAUUAUAUAAUCUCAUCGGGAAUAUCCAUAUCUAUAUAUAUAUAAUAUUAAUAUGUAGCAAGUAUGAAUAUAUAGCUAUAUAGGGUUUGCGUCAAGUGCUUGCUAUAUAUAGCACUAUAUAGCAGUUAUGUAACUUUUCACAAGCAGUGGCAGCGGGGAAACCCGCGGCUAUAACAACUCGGCUUUCCCCUGACGUGUUGCAUACAUUUCACCAUAUAUACGUCAGACUUUAUAAUGUCUUAGAUUUAGACAUAAAAUCAGGUUGAUCUAUAUAUGCUGGACAUAUUAAUUGUCAUCAGUUUUUCAUGCAAAAGCAGUGCCAGAGGAAAACAAGCCUAAUUUAGUGACUUGAGACAAUGAGAACAAUUAAUAUUAAGAAGAUACGAGUAAGUUAAAAUGCUUUAUCUUUGUAUACAGUAUAUUAGUAUUUUUUAAAUUAUAGACAUGUGCCAUAUGGACAUCCACAUAGUGUGAAAGUGGUAAUUCGUUCAGUACCAUCUUUAAACCAUCUUUACAUGCACCAUCGAGUAUCGUGCUCGGUAGAUAUCAAUUUUUCUAUACGUUUUCUUAAUUGGCAAACAAACUUAAAAAGUAUGUUUAGUGCUUUAUCUGUAAAAUAAUGCUAAAAUGAAGAUAUUUUAGAUGACACGCCAAAGAGAAAAUGAUGUCUGAAGUUCAGUAAGUUUUGCUUAUAUGGCUGUAAAUAUGGCGUCAAUUUUAAAGCAUCAUUCAUAAUUGUAUUUUAAUUCACAAUUUUUAACUAUUAGUUUAUGUUUCUCAACCGGCAGAUACAUUUAAAAAGGUUGCUAACUCUAUAAACUAAAGAAUAAGCUAAAACAAAGUAAUUUUGAGAGGAACGCCAAAAAGAUUUUAGGUUUUGAACACUUUUCAUUGCAAAUACGUGACAUUGAAAAAAAUUGCCUCUUAAAUAAUUUGGCCUUUUGCAUGAAAUCUCGGCCAAAACUAACUUACGAAGGUCACGAAAAUUUAGACGUUGCAUGUCUAAACUAUAGAGUAUAGUUAAGUGAAGAGCAUUUUAUUACUGAUUAUAACUCUAUACAAGAGAAAAAGACAAUUUGAUUGAAAGCCGGCGUGUACUACAAGUCUAUAUAUAAAGGCUAAUUUAAGGCAACGAAACGACAAAUCUAUAUUGCCUUAUUUUCAUAUUGGAUGUUCACUAUUAUUUUCAAAAUUACUGCUUUACAAAUUUCCGUUGUAUAAAUUAUUAUAAUUUGCAUGUUGUAUAUUGAUUUUGUAUUUGUAUUUGUAGGCUGUAGCAAAGAAAUAAAAUAUCAACAUUAUAGUAUUGUAUAGUAUACGUAUAUAUAGGCCUACAAUACAUUGCUGUGAUUACCACCGUGGCGUGUACAUACGGUAUACUGCUGUGAGAGUUGUGCGUGUGCAUGGCCGCGGGCAUCUUCAGUAUUCAUUGGACAUUGAUAGCUAGCAGCUAGCUUUCGGGAAAAACCUAUCAUUAUGAGGCUAUAUAUGACACAACUAAGGUUAAAAUUAGCUUUAUAAUAAGUAUUCGGCUUUUCUCUGUGCUGCAAAUAUUUCAGUUAUGACAUAAAAAAGCCAAUGUUUGGAGGGGAAAUCCUAUACCAACUGUGGGGAAAUCCAACAAUCAAUCAUGGCUACCGUUUUAAUACUAGUUCCAAUUACGCGUAAAUACCACAAUGAUGACGUUAGUUAAUAGACUUCACUCUUCAGAAUCUGCAAUGUAGGCAAUAUUUGAUGGGAAAAACCUUAUAGCUAUAGGAUUUUCCAUAAUUCUUUAUCGACUAUCAGAGGACAUCUUAAUGUUAAUAAAAUCAUAAAUGUGAAUGUCUGAAGAACACAAAGACGAAGUGAAAAUCCUUUGUUUGUGUUUAAAUAUAGUGUAAGGUUCAAUAUAAUAAUAUUUUGAUUUUUGUAUUCAAAUUUUUUUAAGUACUUAUAUAAUAUUAGUAUUUCGUCCCGAUUUAGUGUAUAGUAACUUAAUUUCACGACCGAAUAUUUUUGUUUUAUACACUUCGAUCUUAAAAUAAAAACAUGUUUGCAUAAAAACUGAUACUACAAUGUCAUUGAUAUCGCCAUAUCUUAUGUUGAUAUCAAUAUGUCGUCAAAUUUAAUACCAAAGUUGUUAAUUAUAGAAAACACAAAUAAAACUCUUUCAAAAUUGAUAUUGGGUCGUCCGGGAAAUAGAUCUUGAUCUUUGUCGUAACUUCUUCACCUAUUUUUAAAUAUAGACUUAGUUUCAGACUUUGACACAUGACUGGAACGAAAAUGUAAAGACUCCGCGCACUUUCGAUAGUGAAAACAUUUGGCAUGCCGAGAAAUUGACGGAAGCACAUAUAGUCUGUAAAGAUAUGAUGGUCUAUAGAAUCCCGGCGAACUUCAAAGCCACAAAAUAGAAGGCCUUUGUUUGAUGUUGACUGUUGAACUGCAUGUACUUCACCGUGCACAAAUACUUUGUUUCAACUUCAUUACAAGUAUUAUUCAUCGUGGCUGCACGUUUCUUCUCAGCUGUCCCUAUUUGGACGAUUACUUAAUAAUUGUAGGAAAACUGCACAAUGAGCUCAAUUACUGUGACCGUGCACCAGCCUAGUCCCAGGCUCUCUCUCUCUAUUCGCUGCUUUGAUAUAUUUAAAUAAGUCUUAAAAGUUUUAUUCCUGGGUGUGCUGUGCGGAACGCUUCAGUGAGAGAGCCUAGCAGAUUUCGGUAAAAUGGUCCCUGAUUUCAAAAAAGUGGUCCCUGGCCUGGUUACCAAGCAUAUCGCAUUUGUAAAUAGAAAAUGUUAUGGAAAUUUCCAUUGUGUUUAUAAUUAAGUCAUACACCCUUUUCCGCAUAAAUGGCUGCCGAUUAAAAAUUCUUUUAUGUGCAUAUAAAUUGGCCCAACUAGCCUCGUACUCAUGUUAAGAUUUCAAAGGAAUUUCUACCCAGAAACGAGGCUAGUUGAGCCAAUUUAUAUGCACAUAAAAGAAUUUUUAAUCGACGGCCAUUUAUGAAAAGGGUGUAUUAGUUUUGCUCUAAUGCUGUCGGAACAAUGAAAUAGGCUACGUUUCGCUACCAUACAGUCAGAAUGGAAUAACGGGCUAAAUAUGACUCGUGUUUACUAAAAUAUAAAGCCAUAUUAAAUGCUAUCUAGAAGCUUGAAAAUUAUGCCGAGUCUCCGACCAAAAAUGUUUUGACAACACAGUCAUGUCAGGCGAAUAUUUCCAGUCUCCUCAGCUACUUAAACCUGUCAAGUAGAAAGCGUAGUUGUGUAUACCAGUAUGAUCUAGUGUUGAUCACAACAUGCGAGUAUAUCAUGAAUAACAUCAACGAUUAUACGACCAUUGCUCAGACUCAGUAUCGUAAAUUUGUAUAUAAUUUUUUUUGAUUGAGCGCAUUUUUAAUACAGUUUGAAUUUGGUUAUGUAGACAUCAAACAUGAUCAACGAACAUUGUCGUGUUUACAAACUUAUUUGUAUAAACUGGGACUAGGCUGACCGUGCACAUAUAUUAACAUGCAUGCAUAAACUCUGACAAAAAAACAUGAUAUAACAUCAGCCUAGUCCCAGUCGUUCUGAAGCAAGCGCGAGAAAAAACGUGGAUGUAGUACGAAACUGGGAUCUAGGUGUGAUGUCACCGCAAAAGGUGCUUAAGAACGCCUAGCAGAUUUCAGUAUUUUUAAUAUAACGGAAAAUUUAUUUAUACAAAUAAGUUUGUAAAUACGACAAUGUUCGUUGAUCAUGUUUGAUGUCUACAUAACCAAAUUCAAACUGUAUUAAAAAUGUGCUCAAUUAAAAAAAAUAUAUACAAAUUUACGAUACUGAGUCUGAGCAAUGGUCGUAUAAUCGUUGAUGUUAUUCAUAUACUCGCAAGUUGUGAUCAACACUAGACAGAGAGAGAGAGAGAGAGAGAGAGAGAGAGAGAGAGAGAGAGAGAGCCUGGGACUAGGCUGAUAUAACAUGAUAUAACCCCGCUCUGAUAAUAUGCGCCGCGCCCUGUUAAUCCGCCCCCUGGGUCCCUGACUAUAUGACGAAAGUAUCAUGAUGGACAGCAUUUAACUUUAUAGAUUUUUCUAUAUAUAUAUAGACAUUAUGACUUAUUAAUUAAGUUAACUGUUUAAUUGUUUUGUAAGAAGAAAGAUGUUAAUAAGUUUGUUUAUAUGUAAUAUGCGCAAAUUAAAAAUAGUAAACAAUAUUUACUUAUACAUCACAUAGCACACGUAACUUUCAGACCACGUUCUUUUGCUGGGCAAAGCCAACCUACACUCCCUUAUGAGUCUUUAGACGCAAAUUACGCCCUAGUUUGGCGGAACAGCAGAGACUCGAUACAAUAUAACUAUCCCGAGAUUAUCCCAUAUUCCAAAUUGUAUCUCUUUAGUAACUGCAUGCAUGAAUAAUGUUAAGUAAAUUACGCAGCAAAAAUAUAUAUAAUGCUAUAUAGUUUUACUUUAGAGUAUAAAGAUAAUUUGCCAGAAAGGUCAAUUAACAAAUUCAAUCCUUUAUGCUGCAUCCUGUGAGUGCUCUGAAAUUCUGAAUUUCAUUUAUGUUUCCUUGCAGAAAGCUUUUGGCAGCAAUGGCUCCGUUGAUUCUGGAUGUCAUGACGUGCAAGGUGGCAUUGGAGCGGUUAUUACUUCUGGUACUUGCACCUUCGUAGACAAGAUUGGUAUCAAACUGGACGAAAAUUUGUAUAAAGUUAGAGUCGAUAAAGAACAAACUAUCUCCAAUAGAAACUCGGCUAGCAGUAGCAGUAGCAGCAGCAACAGCAGCAGCAACAGCAGUAGCGGUGUUGAUGACGGUGGUGAUUGUGCUGAUGGUGUAAUAAUAAGAGAAGGUGCUAAAAUUACUGAAGUUGGUUGGGAAACAUAUGCUCAUGGCUUUGGUUUGAGGUAUAUAAUAUCUAUAUAAAAUGAUAGAAUGAAUAUAAAAACUGAGCUGAAAUUGAGCAAUAUAGGAGUCAUGCAUGACAUUCGCGAUUCAAGUUAGGCAAUUAGUAGAAAUCAAGUAAAGAGGUUUCCUAUGGCUAUGACAAGUAAAAACAUAGUUUCAAUUACUAUACGCACACGUAGCCUAUAUAUACAGGUAGGGCCUAUACUAUAUACAAUCAUUCUCAAAAUUUGACGACUUUUAGUUUUCCUAGUAUAUAUGUUGCUUAUUCAAGUUGACUGUUUCGGAAUAAUUCAAAUUGAAUAAACUGAUAACAUUGUUUUUAACGCCGGGCGGGGAAAGAGGAUUAUAAAAUUAAAGCUAUAAAAAAUAGUAGGACGGGAACAAUGAGAAUCCUUAAGAUAUAAAAAAAUAAGAAAGUAAGUAUAUGCGCUCGUGCGAACUAUACGUCGCCUAGUUAAAUCAACAUUCAAUGUCAAAUGAACUAACUAUAGUGAAUUUUUAUAGAUACUUUAAUCACAUUAAGUAACAAAGGAUAAUGUUCAUGCAGAAGUUCAGAGCAGUUUUUAAUCAAUAAUUUGUUAACACAUUAUUAUAUAGGGAUGAUGACAUCAUCAUAUCAGUGAAUAACAAACCAGUGCUUUCUGCAGCAAUGGUGGCCAGCAUGAUACAACGCAUCUUAAAACACAGUAAAAAUAGCCAGUUGAGAAUGGUAAGCGAUUUGUAUUGAUGAGUUUCAGUAAACAUAAUAGUAAAAGGGCUACAGCCUAUUGUCGUAUAUAUACUAGUUGUUUCGAGUUGUAAUUACAAAUCCUGCAUGCAUGGGCUCUCUAUUCAGCGCUCGCUUUAAUUUCUCGUUUAAUUAUUGAAGGCCGGCCUUCAUAUAGCUGUAACAUUUUGGUCACAUGAUUUUCAAAUUUUGACAAGAUUGUUACAAGAUAGUUGUGAACUAUACCUUGUUCAAAAGAUGCAGGCUGAUUCAGAGCACAAGCGUGCAUAAUAUUCGGAUCAAUUCAAAUAAUUAUUUAUUGAAAAGAUGAUUUUAUAUGGUAUUUCUUCUUUAGGAAAUUCACAGAAGAGAGAGAGGAUUGAUUAUAUUAGAUAACGGAGGUAGGCUAAUUAGUUAUGAUUUAUGCGAACCAUGAUCAUUCAUGCAUGUAUACAUAGAUCACAAAUAUAUGCAUGUAAAAUUAGCUAGAAAAGUGGCUGUUUGAUAUGUUCGUUACUAUAUACGAGUGUUCAUCAAAGAUUCUGACUUCUGAGUCGACACUUAUUUCCCCUUGCAGGUAAAGAAGUUUCAAGCCCUACUGCAUGGCUAUUGCUGACGUCAGCGUCAUUUUUAUAGGCUAUUAACUACAUAUAAUAGUAUUUGGUAUAAUCCAGUGCCUUGAAAGAAUCUAAAUAUUUUGCCUAGAAAUCGACUGUACGUGUCAUGCCUUCAUUUGUAGCCGCCAAAAAUUUCGAUGCAAUUCUACAUAUUAAAUUAAAACAUGCAGCCAAAAAGCAAGUACUCUAAUACAGCGUAAUUUUAAUAAAAGAAAUUUAAAUCAUUUUCAGGGGACGACGUAUCUGCCUCAGAUGACGAUGAACUAAUAUGUAUUGAUAAUACCAAGAGCAAAUUAAAAAAUGUCAGAUAUAGCAAAUAUCUAUACGCGACAUCUUCAAAAAUUGGUUUGAGCAAUUUUAGAACACCUCUCGAAGAUAGUAAGUAUCAGUAUAUGAUAAUGCAACAAUUAACGUUGGAUAUAGUUGAAGCAACUGCAUGUCAAAAUGCAACAUUAUAGUGUUCGAAUUUGGGCUUUUUACAUGAUGCAUACAGCUAAUUCAAUUAAGGUUGCUAAUUCAAUUAAGGCUAAUUCAAACAAGGUCAAAAUCUUCGACCAGUCGCCCUCUAAACCCGAAAAGCACAAUGGGCGUGUGUAUAUUAUGACAUUACAUGUUUACGCAUGCAUGCUGUUAUAGUAUUUAUGCUAAUCGAUUAAUUGAAUUAAUUUUAAUUCCCAAAAGAGUUAUAAGCAUGCUCACAAACAACAUUCCGCAACGUUAAAAUGUUAAAAAAAUUGUCUUAUUGAUGCGUGCCAAAAUCAUGCUGAAAGAACUUGCUCCACAUGACCUAGAAAACGGUAACUUCCAGCUGUUGUUUGAAUCAGCUGAGGUCGUACUUUGCAAACGUAAAUUCGUAUUGCUGGUUAUAUGUUAAUUGAAUUUUUUGCAAGGGUUACAAACUCUUUCUCUCAAUACAUAACUUUGGUCACGAUGUAAUUUGAUAUUGACACCGGCACAUAUGUCGGAUAACUGGGUCCCUACGACUCCUGCUCGUUUUGAACACUUAAAUUCUCUGUAUAGCGAUCCUGCUGCAACUGGUUCCAAAUUUAGUUUUUAAGGAACACUUACAUACUGUACAAAUAUUGUUUGGAAGUACCAUAUAAAUUCAUUUUAUAGUAUUCUUUUGUUUUGCAUUUGUUUUUUUCCUCAGUAUAUCUGUUAGUAUAUAUCGGAAGUGAAAAAUCGUUUUCGGUCUAUUUUUAAGUCGAAUGAUAUUGGUUUAUAGUUAAUUAGACCAUCAAUCAAAUAAAGAGGUGUAUUUUUUCUGCUGGAGAUGCAUGCAGACGCUUACUUCGCCCUCAACUAUAAAACGCCAGGCUACCAUUUACGCAAAACCGAAACAGCUUGUGGGACGUAGCAACCGUAUAAACUGCGGAGUGUCGAAAGACGAAAGUAUGAAUUACACUCAUUGUAUAAGCAUGCAAAUUCGUCGUGCUUUUAACGCUUAUAGAGGUCUGGGGUUUUGACUUUGAAAGGAAAAACUCAAUUGAAUUAGCUGUAUAUAUAUAUAUAUAUAUAUAUAUAUAUAUAUAUAUAUAUAUAUAUAUAUAUAUAUAUAUAUAUAUAUAUAUAUAUAUAUAUAUGCAAUAAAGUGAGGGUUAGUCGGUUUUGUCCAUUAUUUUGCUCAUGCCCGAUUUUUCGAACUUCUAAAAUUGACUGUUGAAUCGUAGUUUCACAACCCGUUUAAACUGUCGCAAUCAGGUGAACAGCGCUAUUACUGAUAGCUGGCUAGCAAUUUCUGAUUUGGGGAAUUUCAUUACUAUAUUCUCAACGCCUUUAGAAACAAAAUUUGUAAAGAAUACCAUUAUUUUCAUUAUGUCAACCAUGAUAAUGUAUUAUUGUUUAAUAAUUAAUCAACAUUUAUUAAAUUGUAUUCAAAUUUUAUCACUAGAAUUUUUCACAAUAAAACAUUAUGCGAAAGUUAUUGGAGAUGCUGAUGAAAGAUUCAUAGCGUUAAAACACAAUAAAACCAACCGAUGGGUACGGAUAGAUAGUGGAAUAGUAACUUUACAGGUAUGUAAAAUAUUCAUCACGAAUAUAAAAGAAACAUAUUAUACUCAAUUCAGAUCAUUAUGGUCUGGAAUCUCGACAAACGUCGAAUGAGCUACGAACCAUGCAUCGUGCUUUUUUAACAUUAUAGAGAGUUUGGCAAAUACAACGGCAACGAGAACGUGCUCAUCAACAAUACUCAAUAGCAUCUUUACUCUAAGACAAAGGCGACUAUAAUGUGCACCCUUAAGCAUUCUAGUACGCCGUAGUUGUUUGCCCCCCCCCCCCAUUUUGCCCCCAUCAAAAAAAUUAUUAGUCACUAAGAGCGACUAGAGGCUACACAAGCGUUCUGUCGUUAUCGGAAAAUCAGGGUAUCGCUUAAAAGUUGUCGUUACUCAUUAGUGAAUGCGCGUAUACAUGAAACUGUUUUUUACAGUUUCAAUAUUAGUUUGUAAAUCUCUGAAUGGUAAAACUUGCCAAUACUUCAAUAAUACGUUUCAAAAAAAGACAAAAAAGCUUUAGUUUUGCAGAGUUAAAUUCUCAAACGUGUAAGGCAAUAAUAAGAUGAAAGUAUCACGAAAUUAUUUGAAUAAACCACAUCGCAUAUAUGGGGGGCGAAUGUCCUAAAGAGAAGCGAUAUUCCUAGGGUAUUCGCCCCACCCCCUUGGGAGGCGAUAUUCCUAGGAUAUUCGCCCCCCAGGGGCGAUAUUCCUAGGAAUAUCGCCACGUUUUGAGGGGGGGGGGGAUUUCCUGGGGGGGCGACCUUUUCAAAAAUUCUAUCUUUCCCCCCCAAAAAAAUUUGAGUUUGCCCCUCAAAUGCCCCCCAAAUUUGGAAGCCUGGUGCCGCCACUGUCAAUGCUGCUGUUUAUUUACAUCAUUUUCACGGCAAAUGCAGACCACGCUAACAGAAUAAUUAAAGCGUUCAAGUAAUUUUGUUUUUUGCCGUCGCCGUUGUUGGUUGGCAAAUCCACUAUUUCAAUAUGCAGCACUGCAACGUUGUGCGAUUUGUCAUAUAUUAGGGCGCUGUAGAACACUGAAGCCCUGGUUAGAUGAUGCCCAUUUUUUUACGCCGGGGUACAAGUUUAAAAAAUGAACAAAAUGAUAGGACAAAGACUAAUUUGCCCGAGUGUCCAGACCAAAUCUUGAUUGACUAUGCCGUCAUAGACUAUGUGUAUGAAUAAACUUAUUGUGUGAAAGGAGACUUGGGUUUUUAAACAUUCAGUUACCUUCGUUUUGCACAUUAAGAUUAGCUAUAUAUGGUAUAUCAAGAGAACAGAAAUUUUAAAUUUGUUUUAAAUGACCUCUUAUAAUGGUUAACUGACAAAAACAAAUAUAAGUUUGAUUUAAACUUAUAUUUGUUUUUGUCAGUUAACCAUUAUCUGUUUGAUUAACAAUUCUUUGCAAAAAAAUUUAAUCAGAUUAAAAUAAUUUACGAGUGAUAUUAAAUUAAUCAUUAUUUAAGAAGUAACCUGAUUAAUUGUAACCAAAAUCACUAAUUGACCUUAUUUUUUAUACUUAAUUAGCCUCCACCACCUGGUGAUGGACAUACAUUGCCAAUAGACAGCAACUAUCUCAUCAAUGUUACCUCUUCCGGCACUAACGAAACCCUUCAACCUGUCAAUGAACCUGGCAGAGCAAUUGGCUUUGAAAGAAGACGUAGAGCUGCUACCCUCAUAUCUACCCCCAUACCUGCCACGAAUAAGAAAGUUCUUUUCAGAAUAUAUACUAGCGACAGUCACUAGUGUGUUUAUUUCUAUACAAUAAAUCAUUCAUUUCAUAUCCUUUUAAAGAAUGCAUCACUGCAGGAUAUUUAAAUAUCUUCAUGUUAUGGAUUGUUAGUUGUUGCAGCAUAAUGUCGGAAACAGCCGAAGUAGUAAAUUCUACUGAGGGUCAAGGGGAAAAGCCAAAAGAACAAAAAUAAACUUCAAUUCAAAAAAAUUGACCUUGUAAAUAUAUAAAGGAUUAAUUGGAAACACUAAUAAGAGAUGCAUGCAUGCAUGCACUGUAGCGUAUAUUUAUACGUCAAGGUGGAUAAACAAAGGUAAUCCAACUUUAGCAUGCUCGAGUGGGUCAGAUAUUGCGUUUAUCGACAUGUACAAUAUUCUUAAUUAAACAGCACAAAAAUCACACUUUUAGCUGUCGAAAUAUACCUUUUUUUGUAACAUUAUGAAGGAAAAUUACCAAAUACGAAUCGAAU